AUGCCCAAACUGCGCACUCUUGAGUUUAUACUUGAGGUCUGUCGCCCUUACUCCACCUUCCCACUUGCCCGCCUUCAAUCGAGACCGACCCUUCAAACACCCCUCUCCAACCCUCCCCUCCGUCCCUUCCAAGCUACCUGGCGCCCUUCCAUGCGUGGCUCUGAAUCCGAUUCGGACUUCUCAGAACGAGCGACCAAAAGGCGACGUAUUUGUACCUCCCCUCCAUGGGGUAGGUCUCAAGAAGCAAUGGAACACGCUCACCCCAAGAUCCAGCUCACGCCGAUUGAGAGUACCCUUCGAACACUCCUUCUAGACGUCGCACAAUACAUACACGAAAAGGACCAAAAUAGCAAUGGAUCGAAUCGCCCCGAGACCGUUUUGCGAUUCACCGGUGGGUGGGUUCGUGACAAGCUCCUCGGUGUUGACAGUCACGACAUCGACGUGGGGAUCAGCAAUAUGACUGGAUACCAGUUUGGCAAUCAGCUUAAAGAGUAUCUCGAUAAACCAAACAACCUCGAAAAGUACAAACAAGCUUUACCAAAUGGAGAGAAAGACUCGAUUGUAAGCCUACACAAGAUUGAGGCAAACCCGGAGAAGUCCAAGCACCUGGAAACGGUGACAACGAAGAUUUUCGGCAUGGAUAUCGAUCUGGUCAACUUGCGCAAGGAGACGUAUUCAGAAGACAGCCGGAACCCACAAAUGGAAUUCGGAACAGCGGUCGAGGACGCGGUGCGGCGAGAUGCUACAAUCAAUGCACUUUUUUACAAUCUGAACGAGUCCCGGUUGGAGGAUCUCACGCAGCGCGGUUUGGACGAUAUGAAAAAGAAGAUCAUUCGCACCCCAUUGGAACCAUACCAAACCUUCAAGGAUGAUCCCCUUCGCGUGCUUCGCUUGAUUCGGUUCGCAAGCAGGCUCGGAUACCAAAUUGAGUCGGAAACGGAAAGUGCAAUGCAAAAUGAGGAUAUCGGCGUAGCAUUGAAGCUCAAGAUCAGCAAAGAGCGUGUUUGGGCCGAAUUGGAAAAGAUGCUGCGUGGCCCUGAUCCCCGCGGUGCCCUGCAUUUUAUCGAUCGACUCGGCCUCUACCCUACCAUCUUCGCCAAUCACCGAGAUGAAGUCACUGUCGAUACUUCAACCUGGUCCAUUGCCUACAACGCGCUGGCGCGGUUCUUACACCCGCCUUCUGAGGUUGGGACAGAGAUCCAUGCCGCGACAGAGCGCCUCCGCCAGAUUCUUGUGCGUGAUGCCACCAGCGCCUACUAUGCUUGGAUUAUCGCGACAUUCGCUCCCUGGUGCUCCGUACCAAAGCGAGCAGGAAGGGACAGCAAAAAUAAGUCUUUUCCUGAACGAGCAGUCGAGGUUGCCAGAGAAAGCCUCCGUUCCGAUAACAAAACCCUCAACCUUCUCCGCGACGGCGCCGCAUACUACAGAGACAUCAUCGAUUGCAAGUCCGACCUAUUCGCAAAAAGCCCGGAAAGGCUCACCGGCACACCCGCAGAGAUCCGAAAGAAAGUCGGAUUGCAAAUUCGGACUUGGGGCAAGGAUUGGAAGCUGUGUUCAGUCUUGGCCAUGCUCCAAGAAGUCAUGCAAGGGCGCGACUUCGCUGAAGUGGUCCAAGAGUACGACCGGUUCCUUGCGUAUAUUGUAGAAAUGGGCCUAGAAGAUGUAUAUGAGCUGAAGCCCAUUGUAAACGGGAGCGACGUCAUGAAGAGCCUGGGCGCAAAUAAGGGGCCCUGGAUGAGCAGGGCGACUACGAUGGUCAUUGAAUGGCAGUUGCUGCACCCCGACACGACCCAAGAGAUGGCGUUGGAGAUGCUUUCGUCGCGUCGCGCAGAGUUGGGGUUGUGA